GCAAUUGCAGGCUAGUGGAGCUCGCUCCUUCUUUGCUUGUCAGUUGCCGCAGGAAAAGGAGCGGCCGGCGCCGCCCAGCUGCGAGCCCGGGACAGAGUUCCCAUCUGCCGUGGACAACAUGGGCAAAGAUCAAGGAAGUUGGAAGCCCAACAGCAUUGGGAAAGCCACAGGUUCCUUAUCUCUGGUUUAAAGAAUUGCAGCAGUCGACAAAGAUGUCUACCACCAAAGUGCCCAUCUACCUGAAAAGAGGAAGCAGAAGGGGCAAGAAGGAGAAACUGCGAGACAUCCUCUCUUCAGACAUGAUCAGCCCACCACUAGGGGACUUCCGGCACACGAUUCAUAUUGGCAGCGGUGGGGAGAACGACAUGUUUGGUGACAUCUCUUUUCUCCAAGGGAAGUUCCACCUCCUGCCCAGGACAGAGGGCAACGUGAGUCCAGGCGGCACUAGCCAGUACAUGGUGCCCUUCGAGUUCUCGAGGACCGCUACCAUCUCGGGUUACGAGCCGCCGCCUUCAGACAUCCCCUCCCCUCUCCUCAAAAAUGCCAUCUCCCUGCCGGUCAUUGGUGGCUUGCAGGCGCUGACCCUGCCUUCUGCUCAAGCCCCGCCCAAACCACCACGCCUGCACCUCGACGACAAAGUCCAAGCUGCUCCCCAGACGAAUGACCCUGUGCUGAGUCCUCCCUGCGCUGUGUCUGCUAGGACUUCGGAACCCCUUGGCACCGCCAAUGGCAAGUGCCCGGCCUCUGUGAAUGGGUUCUCAGGGGAAGAAAAUAAAGACAAGGCUUUCAUGUCCCAUGCAGGCUCCCUGCUCUCCCUUCACGUGGACUUGGGGCCGUCGAUUUUGGAUGAUGUUCUGCAGGUGAUGGAGAAGCACCAAACGGCAGAUGUGGGUGCUCCGUUGCAGGAUUCCGGCAGACAGGAAAUCCUGACGUAAUGAGAAAGGCCGCCGGCGGAGGGGGACCUGAGACUUUGAAAGUGCAGCCUUUUUGUACAUAAGAGAGUGUUUUGCUGUUAAAUUGGGUGACUGGGGGUGCGUGUGCAGGCGUGGAUGUACGCACACACCUGUGUGAGAUCCUUUGGUGCAGCUUCACUAGUAAUAUAAUUCCUCCCAGCUUUCAAAGAGUAUGUUGCAGAAUGCAAGCUUUCCUCCUUACAACGCAGCCCUCCGUUUCGACAAAAGCUGAGAUGGGUCCCUGUCUUGUGUGCUCUUGGCAGGCUCUACACACACAAACACACCCUGCUGCUGAAACUUGUAUUGGAAGCAAAGCAAUAAAUUAAUAAGCAUCUGUUAAGUUACCCUCGUGAACCAAUGUUAUGGGUGUGGAUUCCAAAAAGCUGAUGGUUAAUAGAUGGGUUGGGGAAGAGAACCUCAACAGCAAAGAGGUGUGUGUUGUUGUACAUUCUUUGUAGUGGGAGUGGCGGGGGCGAAGUUGCGCUGCUCAUUGAUGGGAAGGGCGGCACAGCGCUCUGAGCAGUCGUCAGAGAUUGUCCCGUGCUGGAGGGAGGAGGAAGCUGUGUUUCGAGCGUUGGAAUGUAAACAGGAGUCAGGAUAUCUCAUUUAAGUUCUUAAGCUGGUAAUAUGGGGAUGUUAAUGAAUAGUUAAGGGAGACAUUCCUGUGCUGGAAUUUCAUGGGAAAAGAUUCUGAGUCAUACAGGUUGGCUGUGGCUGGUGCAAUUUAGGGACCUGCCUUAUAACACAUCACACUAUUUCUCUACCUAGAUCAGAAUCAUCUGCUCUGAUGGAUGGCAGGGUCCUAAGCAGAGAAGGUGCCUUUCCCAUCACUUGCUACCUGAUCCUUUUAACUAGAAAUGCCAAGAUCUGAACCUUAGUCCAUAGUUAAUACCAUUUCCAUUUCCCCUGUGUGUGUUUCUCCUUCUCUGAUGGAAGAAAGAUUGGUUAUUUUACCGGGCAACACUCCUCGGUGGUGACCCAGCAGCCAACACAUAGAGAGGACUGUGGUUUAGCUAUGGAACACCUAUUUUGCAUUCAGAAGAUCCCAGGUCCAACACCUGGCAUCUCCAGGUAGGCAUGGGAAGGACCUGUGCUUGAAACUGCCGGGAGCCACUGCCCGUCCCUGAGCUAGUUAAACCCAUGUUUUGAUUCAGGAGAAGGCAGCUCCCUAUGUCCCUAUUGGAAUCCACCCUUUAUUCAGAAUCAUGAGGACUGGAAUCUUACUUUCUUUUUAGCAGAAGGGCUGCAGUUCAGUGGCAGAGCACAUGCUCUGCAAGCAAAAGAUCCUUGGUUCAAUCAAUCCCUGGCAUCUCCAGGUAGGACAGGAGAGAGAGACCAUCGCCUGAACUUCAAGAAAGUUACUGCUUGUAAGUGUGGAUAACAGUGAGUGAGAUGGACCAAUGGUAUAAGGCAGCUUCCUGGAUUCCUGUUACAGUAGAUGGUUAUACUGUUCAGAAGAGAGGGUUGCCUACUGGUUGCGGCUCUCCUCUUUUGGCCGUUCCUGUGCUUGGUUUUUCCUGCACCAUCCUGGCUGCUUCUGUAGUCGGCUGUCCAGCAAAGCAGACAAAGCCCCAUUUCAGCAUCUUCAGCGGAAGAAUAAAUAGAGGCUUGUUAAGCUAACAAACCAUGACCUGGCAUUGUCCCCAGGCAACUGGCUGUUUGGCAGCCGUUUCUUAUCCGGACCAUCUGUCGCUGCAAAGGCCGCUUCGCAAGGGGACCCUGUCAGGAUGCUAGGAUGCUGUCAGUCCCACGGCACACGACAAAAGGUGGGGAUGACUCUCGAAUAGGGUCAGGCUCCGCCAAGAAAGCCAUUUUCAGCGUCCCAAGCGACUUUUGGGCAGAGACUGUUGUUGCAGCUUCUUUGGAGCAUCUUUGGCCUCAAGCCAAGCCUAAAAAUCUCUCCUUGGUAGCAUGGCUUCCUCGAGGACUGCUCUCCAGAUGCGUGCUGGGUUUGUUCCAGGAAUUGGAUACUCCAUUCUGUGGUGUUUCACUGCGGGUUGCCCAAAAUUCACUAGAAAGCUGUGUUGGAUUUAAACAAAUUCAAAAGGGGCCCUGAAUUCGAAUAUUGUGAAUCUUUAUUUUUAUGUCCCCCAAAGCUAUUUAUGAUACAGCACCAGCAACUUAUGUCAGGGAGGGGUGGGGAGCCUUGGGCCCAGUGGCCAAAUGUGGCCCUCAGAGUUCUCUGCCUGGCCCUCAGGGCCUUCCCAGGACUGGUGGUGCUUUGCACAUUUCCUCUGUUUUUGCUUGACUGAAGUGUGUCUUCGAACACUGAUGAUGCUUCCCUCUUGCUUAGCCAGAGAACGUGGUGUAGAAACUGCAAAGUAACAUUUCGAUUAGUUGCUCUGGCCACUUUUGCUUCUGGCCCUGCACACCUCAAGCACGUGGCCCUUGGAAGGCUUCCCAGAAGGGGAUGUGACCCUCAGGCUGAAAUAAGGUUCCCCAUCUGUGCGCUGCGUAUGAACUGUUAAAAACAGGCAUCCCCAAACUGCGGCCCUCCAUAUGUUUUGGCCUACAACUCCCAUGAUCCCUAGGUAACAGGACCAGUGGUUGGGGAAGAUGGGAAUUGUAGUCCAAAACAUCUGGAGGGCUGAGGUUUGGGGAUGCCUGGUUAAAAAGAAGGAAGCAGAUGGGUGGUGGUGGGGUGGGGUGGGGGAGACAAACAGCAUGAAGGGAGGAGGGAAUCCUAGAACUGUAGAGCUGGAAGGGACCACAAAUGUCAUCCAGUCCAACCCCCUGCAAUGCAGGAAUCUUUCACCCAAUGUGGAGCUUGAACCCAUGACCCUGAGAUUACCCAUGACAACUGAGCAAUCCACAGGGGAGAGGCAAGGCUGAUGGGUAAAGCUAAUACAUACAUGUGUGCUUAGUGGCUGCUUUCCAAUGAAUAUUGGAGGAUUCGGGACAGACAAAAGAUGGUACUUCUUUAUGCAGUGCAUACCGGUAGUUAAACUAUGGAACGCACUCCCACAGGAGACAGUGGUGGCAACCAUCGCGAGUAACUUGGGAGGACUGGACCAAUUCAUCAUGAGGUCAAUGGCUUCUAGCCACAAUGGCUGUGUUCCACCUCCACUGUUAGAGGCAGUGUGCUUCUGAAUAUCUAGUUGUCGGGAACUGGGCAAAAGAUUCUAGCAUAGCAGGGGGUUGGACUAGAUGACCCCCGUGGUCCCUUCCAACUCUACAAUUCUAUGAUUCUAUGAAUCACAAGUAGGGAGAGUGCUACUGCACUCAGGUCCUGCUGGGCAGCUUCCCACAAGUAUCUGGCUGGCCACUGUGAGAGCAGGAUGCUGGACUAGAUGGGCCUUUGGCCCAAUCCAAAAGGCUGUUCUUAUGCUUUAGGGUGUGCUAUGGGAGAUCCAGGUUUGUUUGUUUCCCCCCAGUUUUACAGUGGGAGGGAGAAACCCUUUGGAAGCACAAUUCUGGGGUUUGGGGAGCUUCAAUUUCCCAUUGCAAAUGGCUCUCUUGAAGUAUCUCUUUGCAGCUUUAGUGAAAAAGCAUAGGUACCCAUAUGUGGGAGGAAAUCGCCACAGGGAUGAGAGUUAACGCCUCCUCUGCUCUGCCAGCACUGCAGUCCUGAUCAGAUUCGGGCUCCCCUGCAACUGAUAUUAAACUUAUUUAAAAACA